UUCCUGCAUAUAUAGAUGGAGGUGGAAGGAGCCCGUCGAAUAGUGACUAGCAUUUCCUUUGCUGUACUUGUUGCAUUUAUCUUACCGACAGUUUGCGUACACGGACUUUCUAACUGCCACUAACUAUGGUACUCAUAAUCGAGCAAACCUGCUCGCUUGUUCAUUUGACGUCGCCGUCAUCUUGAACCUGCUGCAUGUCUAACCUGUAUUCAUAUGUGAGGGUCGACCGCCCUGCUCCCAAAUGUUUGGCUACCUCACAGGAUAUUCGUGACCGUGGGUCUGCGUUCGUGGGCAGCGUGUAUCGCGCUGGUACACCUGAAGAAGCUAAAGCUGCAAUCUUCCAUCACCGAAACGUCGUUCACGCUGGAAAGAAGGCCUACGAGAUAUCUGCGUGGAGAUGCAUGAUGCUGAAACAUGGCAAGUCAGGGCUCGGAGGUCCUGAUGACUUCGAGGUUCAAGCAGGAUAUGAUGACGACGGGGAACAAUGGGCUGGGAGCAAAGUGUCGAGGGUCAUGCAACACGAGGGUGUACUUGAUGCUGUUGUCAUCGUUAGUCGAUGGUUCGGCGGGACCCUUCUAGGACCAGCUCGAUUCACUCACAUCGAGACUUGCGCCAGUGAAGUAUGUCGUACAUUCAAACGAGUCGAAGAGAUGGACGAAUGCAUUUCAACGCUUACAAGGCUCGACGAUAUGUUGGCAAGUCUGCGGCAAGAGUUAAGCGACCUGACUCAGAAUACUGAAUCGGCAACGAGCGGAAGCACCUCGGCCUCAGACGAGAUCCAUAAUGCAGAAGGAAGGGGAAGCAGACAGCCCGAUUACACAGCCGUGCAGAGGGAUCUUGACAUCACAAAAGCGAGAAGACUCGUCGGUGCCAGAGAAAGUGCAGUCAAAAGUGUCAAGUCUUUGUUAUCGAAAAAGAGAACAACUUUGGCGAGUGCUGAGCGCUGAGGCUGAAGGGUAGCACAAUUAUGCGCAAGAGAGUUGUCACGGUCAGGAAGAAUGCUCUCACAUAGUAAUACGAGUAGUAAUAAUCUAGCAGAACAAAUUUCGAACUACAAAGGUAUUUGCAUACAGAAUAUGCAUACAAAAAAUCAGGGAGGGCAUACUAGAGGUGGGAUUGUUUCUGCUAGUCGAGGGCAAGUAACCCCCUAGUGUUUGCGAAACAUGUAUUGAUAAAUUGCUGCAUAAUGGUGCUGGGUGUGGAGUGAAGCUGGGUGUGGGGAGAACAUGAAACAGCAUAGUGAGGUGCGUCAAAAUCGACAGGGACGGUACGAACUUUCGGACCGAGGUCGUUGGGCAUGUGUUGAAUUUUAGAAAUAAAUCGUGCCAAGUGGAUCUGGCUUGUGAAAGAAAAC